AUGUCAAUUGAUGCAGCGAAUCGCUGUCAACGCCACCGAGCCAUUGGAAGCGGCUAUAAUGCCCAAUAUGAUGAAAGCCCUCCCAGUGGCACGGCAGAAUUCUCACUGCCGCCUGUUGAUAGGGGAAAGGAUGCCUGGCUUUUCUUAGCAGCUUGCUUCGUCUUGGAAGCGUUGGUAUGGGGAUUUCCCUUCUCGUUCGGUGUGUUUCAGGACUACUAUCGAACGCACGAACCGUUUGCUGGGUCAUCGAAGACUGCCGUAAUUGGCACUACCGCAAUGGGUAUCAUGUAUCUCGAUAUUCCAAUCAUCAUGGCUGUCCAGCGUAUAUAUCCAAAACCGACUCGUUACGCGCCCGUUGCCGGUCUUCUAUUCUUAUGCCUUGCCCUCGCCAUCUCUUCGUUUUCCCAAAAUGUCACCCAUCUCAUCUUGACCCAGGGGGUCCUCUACGCCAUCGGUGGCUCCAUCUGUUACUGUCCUUGCAUGCUAUACAUGGACGAAUGGUUCGUUAAGCGUAAGGGCUUCGCUUUUGGCCUAAUGUGGGCCGGAACUGGGUUAGGUGGCUUUACUAUUCCUCUCCUUCUUGAAUUGUUUCUCAACAAGUACGGGUUCAGAACCACAUUACGGAUAUGGGCUCUCGCCGUGUUCAUCUUGUCUGCACCAUUGGUGUGGUUCAUUAAGCCGCGACUACCUUUUUCUGCCACCGCCCACUACAGACCUUUUAACCUUAAGUUUCUGGUAAAUCGGGUAUUUGGCCUGUAUCAGCUCACUAACAUUGUGCAAGGGGUUGGGUACUUUCUUCCGGGUAUUUAUCUGCCAACAUACGCACGGGUAUAUCUCGGUGCUGGCGACUUUCCAUCGGCUUUGACACUUUUGGUCUUGAAUGUCGGUUCUGUUAUAGGUUGUGUUGCUAUGGGUACCUUGACUGAUCGUCUGCAUGUAACGACGUGUCUCGGAAUAGCGACCCUCGGCACUGCCAUUGGUACAUUUUUCCUUUGGGGACUAGGCAGCAACUUGGCUUCGCUCUACGUAUUCUGUUUCGUCUAUGGUAUGUUUGCUGGAUGUUAUACCUCAUCAUGGCCCGGCGUUAUGAAGCAUAUUUCCUCUAUAGGCGCCGGAUCAAGAGAAGAGAGCGGCGGGAGCUCUUACGAUCCUCUCAUGGUAGUCGGUUUGCUAUCCGCUGGGCGUGGUAUUGGCAAUGUUAUCUCGGGGCCGUUAAGUGGUGCGUUAUUAAAGGGAAUGCCGUGGCAAGGACAAGCUGCCGCUGGCUACGGCAGUGGGUAUGGAACACUGAUAGCGUUUACUGGAGCAACGGCUGUUGUUGGAGGCGGCAGCUAUAUGUUUCGAAGGAUUGGAUGGAUGUAG